AGCUCAACUAUGUGUGAAUUCCUUGUGGCCUUGAUCCAUUUCCACGGCUGCCCCGCAACAUGUGAUACAACUUCGAGAUUUCUGAACCGAUGUGCCUCAGCGAAACAGACUGGCGUGGAUUGUUCUGAUCCGAAGGACAAGAUACUCGGUAAAACAACAUAUCCGAGUCAUUGCCCAAAGCAUCGCGAUGAAGGGUACAGUCGACGUUGA